AAACAAGGGAGCUUUACAGUGUUCCAUACAUUCCUGUGAUGAAGGGUAUCUUUUGAAAAAUAAUGAUUCACAUACUUGUGAAAAUGGAUUUUGGAAUCCGGAAUUUCAUAAAGAUUUCAUAGCCACGUCAUGUAUAAGUUUGAUACAAACAAACAACUUUUGAUGCAACAGAUGGAUGAUCACGGACAAAAGAUAUCUGAUCUUUUCCAAACGGGCAGGUUUCUCAGUACCUGCUCAAAUUUAACAUGCGACUUUGGAGAAAUGUCAGCUGGACAAAUAUAUGAAGUUUGUGCUGUAGGAUCUACAUUCUAUCAGGUUAAUGGACACCUAGUCUGUGCUAAGUGUGGACCAGGUUGGAUUUACGCCGAGAAUUCCUGCAUUCAGUGUCCUGAAGGGUUCUACCAAGAUAGAUCAGGUCAACAGGACUGUAAAAAAUGUCCAGAUGAAAGAACUUCCACUAUCGGAGCAUUUUCAAUUUCUCAAUGCCUUGCGGGACAAGAGUCAAGAGAAUUAUCAUCUCCCUUUGACACUGCAACAGUAGUCGGUGGAGCUGUCGGUGGAUUGUUCGUAUUGGUGCUGCUUUUAAUUAUUCUGGUUGCCAUGAUACAGCGGAGGAAACCAUCUUUAAAAUCUCUUAAAAGUGCAAAUAAAUCCCAUUAUCCAAAUCCAGUCUAUGAGGAGUCGGAGAAAAAGUCAUCACUUGACUCCUGACUGCAUUGGCAGAGAAAUGUUAGGUUGGUUAAUCUCAGAAACCAGAAGAAUGUGCAUCUUAUCUACAAUCUAUCAAGAUAAUACCAAAUUAUCGUAAAUGAAAAAAGAGCCGAGUGUGAAGAAUGUUCUUAAUAGUUUUUUUCGCAGUCUGUUAAAUGAAAAUGUAAAGAAUUUUAAAUAGUACAUAUUUACAAAUAUGUCU